UUUGACAAGGUUACUUCAAAUGUGGUGGUCUGAAUUUGCCACGCUCAAAUAUUGAUAAAGGACGAUAUAACCCGCCAGUUGGAAAGUUCACAUUCUUUCAACUGUGCUUUUAUUGCAUUAGGCUGGAGCCAUAUACUACAGGCCAGACCUAAAUAGGUGCAGCGUGAACUUGUGUGAUAUCUGGUGAGCUCUAGCCCUCUUCUGAAGCCUGAAUUAAAUCCAGCUAUCAAUUUGAAUAAAGAAAACCAACAAUAGGAGCAAAUUAUUCAGAUGAUUAAAAAUUCAAAUGUGCCGGGAAGGCAUAUUGAAGUGAUCCAGAUGGAGAUGCAAGCAACUUUAUGCCAUGGAUGAAAUCCAGAUGCAAGAAGCGCUUGGGAAUCUGUGGAUGGGAAAAUUCAGUAUUUACUUAACUUUAUUGAUAAAUAGACAGCUGUCUUCUUGAAUCGUUGGUAAAUAUCUAAGCUGAGUAUGUUGAGGAUGCAAAAAACAACAUUAGAUAUUUGAUUAGAAAAUGAAGAUUCUUGAAAAUCUGAAGUGCUCCUAUGAAAGAAUGCAGUGUUAUUUCAUGCUCUCAUCUGCUCCUAUGAAAGAAUGCAGUGUUAUUUCAUGCUCUCAUCUGCUCCUAUGAAAGAAUGCAGUGUUAUUUCAUGCUCUCAUCUUGAAAGAUGACUUGUGCCAGUGAUUGAAUGGAGUCUUAUUGAGCAUUAGGUGGAGUAAUGGAUUUUAAUAGGGACCACAUGGGGUUGUUUAUGAUUUUACAGGGGAAGAAUAGGGGUUUGCAAGCUUUUAAGUUAACCAGGUGCCAUCAUUAAAACCAGUUCCUGUGAAAAAAUUUCAUAUGCAAAAAUGUUCUCAAGGGGUUUUAUCAUGCUUUAAUAGCAAGUUAUUGUGAAAAAAUUUAUAUGUACAGGGUUUGUUUUGUUUUUAAACAUUUUAAGAUUGAAUGUGAUAUUGAAGUUCCAACAAGGUCAUUUUAAACAAAAAUUUACACUCAAGUCAGUAGUAAUUGUCUGGAAAUUUGUGUGUUAAGCUCAUGCUUCUAAGGAUUACCAGAGGAAAUUUGAAUUUUUUUAAACGUAGUUGUGUUUGUUAUAGUCAGUGUUAUAAUUAAUACAAUUGUUCUGUGGAUUCAAAUGAAAUUUGAGCGGUGUGAGUAUGUCCGAAGAGCUGAUUCCUCCAUUCACCGGUCCAAUGUCACAAGAAACUGCCCAGUAUCGGGCAAAGCAAGCCGUGGAUUACUAUCACAAGCAAGUGAAGAUUCAAAACAAACCAGAGUUGCCGAAGAGAAAUAAUCGUGACCGACAGGACGUCCGAGAUUUACGAGACCAGCACGAGCAAAGUAAUGGGUAUCAUUCUCAGUAUGAGAGUAAAAAUGUGAACUUAGAAGGGCGCUACAGUGCCCAGGCAUAUUCCUAUGAUACCAGUGGGGAUUCACACUUUGUACGAGGCGGUCAUAGGGCUACAGUGCACGGAACAGAUUCUUUACGACAGCGCGAACAUUUUGGCAAUGGCAGCAGUAAUAAUGAUUAUUUUGUUCCAAAUAACAGACAAGUACCUCGUGAACAUCACACUGGGUCAAAGAAACGGUACAGCCGUGGUCUGCAUAGGAGUAACAGCAAUUUAGAAGAGAGCUUAGAAUAUAUAAAUGUUGACAACUUGGACACUCACGUGAAAAUGCGUAAGGCCUAUGGAAGUACUUCCUCACUAGACAUUAUGAAUGCUAGCACGAGUAGUGAUAGCUUCUUUAAGAUGGUGGAAAAUUUGAAGCCUUCAAAUACAGACCAGCGAAGUCCAGCCCCGUCCAAACUUCAGGAAGUAUUGAGAGGCCCUAAGGCUGAGGACAAGGAUCAGACUUUUAUGAGAAACUUGGAACAAAUUGCCAACGGGUCAGUAAUAAAUAACCGUCCACUUUCAGUGGAUAGUGUGGACGCUGGUGGACAGAGUCCGCUUAGUCGGAAGAAAGAUCGAAAGCUGCGUUCUAAGUCCAUUACCCCUGAUGUUGGUUCAGGGGUUUUAAAACGCUUUCGUGGAAAGAACGAUAACGAACAAGGUGGGAAAAACAGUGACGCUGGGCCUGACCUAGAAAUCAAGGGUGAUGAUAGGUUCAGGCGGAAAGCUUUCGUGCAUUACGACAGUCAAAGUGUUGCCUUUGAUAUAAAUAAAGUAGUGAAUAGAAAAAAAUCAGUGACAAAUUUUAGUAACAUUUCAACUGGUGCAUCAGCGGCCUCUGGAACUCGGGAGAGUUUCGCCGGGGACGCUGAAACUCCCGAUAUUGUUGACAAUGGCGAUGGUCAUAGUAACGACCUUGUACACUCGUGUUCUUUCUUCCGUAAUGAAAUCGGUGGAGAAGAGGACAGAAUUAUUGGAUUAACACAGAGCACAGCUUCAAAAGACGUUCAGCUUGAUAGAAUCCAAACUAACAGUGCAAUAAUUAUGAACCGUUCCCCGGAUUGUUGUGGCAUAACAAUUCUGGAUUGUUCCCCAACCUCUGGUGGUCACAUCAUACCGCCGCAUACGAAACAUCGAGGUCAUGUGAUCGAAUAUGUUGACACUGGGGCGAACUACUACAGACACUUCUUCUACAACCAGGAACACCAAAACUACUUUGGCAUUGAUGACAACUUUGGUCCUUUGGCUGUCAGUGUUAAGCGGGAGAAGUUAGAGGAGCGAGGGAACAACCUGGGCAAGUCAGAACCAGGACUGUUCCAGUACAGGAUCAUCUUGCGCACUAGUGAGCUGCACACGUUACGUGGGUCAGUGCUGGAAGAUGCCAUCCCUGCAUCGGGCCGACUCAGCAGUUCUCGGGGGAUCCCGGUCAAGGACAUUCUGGAGUUUCUGGUUCCAGACGUGCAGACCUCGUGUCUGCGGCAGGGGACCAGCGUCCAGAAAACCUGGGAUCAGCUCCUCAAGCUGGAUGAACAGAGGAUAUUCAACACAUACAAGAUUGGCAUAAUGCUGUGCAGAGCCGGACAGACCACAGAAGAGGAAAUGUACAAUAAUGAAUACUCCACGCCAGCCUUUGAUGAGUUUUUGAGCUGCAUCGGAGAGAAGGUGCGACUGAAAGGCUUUGAGAAGUACAGGGCCCAACUUGACAAUAAAACCGAUUCCACGGGUACGCAUUCUGUGUACACAACAUUCAACAACAGUGAGAUUAUGUUCCAUGUGUCUACUCUGCUUCCAUUCACUCCCAAAAAUUCACAACAGUUGCUACGGAAACGUCAUAUUGGUAACGACAUUGUUACCAUAGUGUUCCAAGAGGCGGGCGCUCCUCCGUUCACCCCGAAGAGUGUGCGCUCACAGUUCCAGCAUGUGUUCAUCGUGAUCAGGGCCCAUAACCCUUGCACUGAGAAGACCAUGUAUAGUAUUGCUGUGACAAGAUCCAAAGAUGUGCCCCCAUUUGGGCCUCACAUCCCUGACAAUGCCAGGUUCUACAAGUCUAAAGAGUUCUCAGACUUCCUGCUGGCAAAAGUCAUCAACGCUGAGAAUGCAGCGCACCACUCGGAAAAGUUUUCAGCAAUGGCUGUGCGAACCCGACAGGAGUACCUAAAGGACCUCUCAGCAAACCAUGUGACCAGCAACUCCCUCGAGUCAGCUUCCAAACUCAGCAAGUUUGCUAUGAGUGGAAAGAAGAAGGACAAGAACAAACUGGGUAAAGUGGUGCCUGAUAACUUUGCAGCUGGUGCCAUUGUCUGGAUGGUGAAGGUUGAAGACGUGAGCCUGUCCAAGUGGGUUCUCAGCUUCCUGGGUAUCGCCGCGGAGACACUGGUGAUAGUGGAGGAGUCGACGGGAGAUGUGAUAUUCACCACGCACUGUGGGGCUGUCAUAGGAUGGACAUCACAGGCUGUCGGUUUGCGUCUGUACUAUGGCCAGGGGGACUGCCUGGACCUGCAGCCUCACAGCGGAGACAUGGAGGAACUGCAGGAGAUAGUGACCCGUCUACAGGCUGUCACACCUGGAUGUCAGACGGAGGAGUACACGUUAAAGAGGAACAAGCAAGGGCAGCUGGGGUUUCACAUCCAGGCAGAGGGAGUGGUGACGGACGUCGAACCCAAUGGACACGCCUUUAAUACAGGACUCCGAAAAGGCAGUCGAUUGGUCGAAAUCUGCAAGGUGUCAUCUGUGACCUUGACCCACGACCAGAUGGUUGACCUUCUGCGCACAUCUGCUACGGUCAAGGUUGUUGUGAUUCCCCCACUCGAUUCGGGUUGUCCGAGGGGCGUUGUAAAUCUGCUAGCAAAUCACCAUUACUCGUCCUACCCCGCCCUGAACGCUGUCAUCCAAGCGGAAUUUUCUGCCCAUCGCAGGCAGAUACGAUCAUCAAGCAGCUCUAGCGAGAAUCUCAUUUCCCCGAUGUCCCCUGUGUCACCAAGAGACAAUCUGACCCCAGGGCCGUCUCCCAGAGUCCAGAAAUCAGAUCUUAGACACAAACAUAACCUCCAUUUUAGAGACUUUUCCGCCAGUGAGAUGUCUUUAAUACAAGAAACCCCCGCAAAAAGUAGUCACCAUUCCAAAAACCCGUUCGCAAGGGAUAGUAUAGCAUCGGUUAGAGACUCAUUUGCAAAGGAUAGUACUUCAACAAGGGAGAGCAAUCUGAGAGUGUUUGAAGAGAAAUGGGAACUAAGGGAGAUCACUCGAGCUGACAGCAAAGAUAGCAAGGACAUGGCAGAGGGCGACAUACAAGAGGAGUUGGAGUUCAUUCAUGAGCGGGAAUCAUCCAUAUCUAGUUCACAAAGCCAUUCUAGUCAGCGCAGCACGCACACGCUGCCACAUCCAAGGAAAACGUCGUCCUCAUCCGACCAUAGGGGUGAGACGCAUUCCCCGCCAAACCGUAUGUUCUACCUCACGGCCGACAACGGCCCGUGGGCCACGUCCAGCCUGCCCCGGGGUGUGUCAAACAUCACCAACCUACCAGGUUUCCAUGGUUACCAGGACUCGGUGGUCUCCAGUGGGCGUGGUUCCCUGUUUGAGGGCCGGGAGACUGGGAAUCAGUACGGGUCAAGCUCAGGGGGCCUGGACGACAGCAGCUAUGGGACGCUUGAGGACAGGCAUAAGAAGAGCGGUUCCCGUGAUAGUCUCGACCAGGCCGCUUAUGGAGGCAGUCGUGACUGGCCUGAGCCCACUCAGCCCCGUAGACCCCCACCACCGAGAGAGGCCAGUGGGUGGGGUGAGGGUCUGUCCAGUUCCACCAAGACCUACCUGACCAGCAGUUCAGAGAACCUCUACCCCGGUCACACCUCCCACCACACCGCGGUAUCCAUAUCCAGCAGUCAGUCAGCGCCCCUACUACCCCCUUCUUCUUCAGCAUUGUCCCUCGCUGCCAGCCGCAAAUUGUCCAGCACACUAGGUGACCCCUCCACCUCUGUCCAACAUGGCAACUUCGCCCAGGAGCUGCUGAAGCAAUCACAGAACACCAAGUACCUCUUGAGUCAGGGGAAUGAGAACAGUCGGAGGGAGAUUGUGAACAGCUCUGAGAACAGUCGACGGGACAUUGUGAACAGCUCUGCAAAUUCUAGCUCUGUGAAUUUGAGUGACACAUCGUUUUCCAGUGGUGGGUCUGCACAAGGGGGCAUCAUGCCCCAGCAAGGGGCCCAUGCAGCCAGGGACCGUAGCAGAGAUGACUCUACUGGGCGGCGGCGUGCAAACACAGCAUCAGGGGCUCCUCAUGGAGGGAAGACCCACACGUCUGGGCUGGGCCGCAUGGCAGAGCUGAGUGGAGAGUCGCCCCAGGGCAGCGAACCCGGAAGUCCACGAUCAUCACAGAAGAAUCUGUCUGGGAUGUCGUCCGAAGAGUCGCUAAGUACCAGGCUACGUCCGGGAGUGACAUCCCGUGUCCCUAAGUCUCGUGCUACCAACAACCUCCAGGACGACCUUAUGCGUCUCAUAGACCCUGACCUCGCGGAGAAUGACCUCUCUGGAUUACUGGCAACAGAGUCGCGCAAUCGUCGCCUGUCAGGUCGUCUGGUGCGGACGAUGUCAGACGAGAGCCUUCACAGCGGGAAAGGGGGUCCACUCUGGGACACCUGGCUUGCCGAUAGAGGACAGUACCCGGCCGAUCCAAGAGAGGCGCUGAGGAAACAGAGAUUAUCUCCACGAGGUCCCUCAGAUGAGCCUGCGCGUGUCCCAAUGCCAGAGUCAACUGCAUCACUAGACUGGAGCAGCCUAGUUGACGUGGCAACCAAGGCCAUAGGAGGAGGGGGCUCUCCCAAUGACUCUAAGGAGCGCAUCACUAGCCCCGUGAACUCCACAGUGUCUUCUGCUAGCUCGAACUCAAACCUGAACAAAACUCGCAGUGAAUCGCGUCCCGAGGUGAAAGUUGAGUCGUUAUAUCGACAGAAGAACCACGACCGGCCCCCAGACCCUCCCACGGCCAGCAAUCCGCCAGUGUGGCGACCGGUUGUGGCAAACCCACAGCAGAAGAUUCAUGACCUUGAGGUCAAGGUUCAGCAGCUGGAGGAGGAGCUACAGCAGGAACGUCAAGAAAGUGCGGCCUUGGAUGGCGAGGUGCAGAGGUUGAGAACUGAGAACGCAAGGUUGCAGGAAGAGUCACAAAACGCAGCAGCGCAGCUACGGAAGUUUACGGAGUGGUUUUUUACUACUAUUGAUCGACAAUAGAUGCAUUUAGUUUCAUAAAAAAAGGGUUUUAGUAAUGAUUAUGUAAUUAAUUAUUUCCUUUACUCGCUGUUUGUUUAAACUUGAAGAAAAGCAACAAUACAUGUACAUGUAUUUUGUUUUUGUUUUUAUGCAAUAUUUAUACUUUUUACUUUAAUACUAAAAUUAAAAUAAAAUUUAUAAAUAAUUAUAAGCUUAAAUCACUACAAUGCAUUUAUCUUUUAUGUAAUUUUUAUUUUCUGUUUUAACUCCAUAAUAUGUUAUUAUUUAUGAAGGUUUAACUUAUUGUGUUUUUUGACAUCAGAGCUUAAAAUUGAGUGUUAUAACAAACUAUAUUUAUAUAGAUAACUGAAUCUUGAAAUAAUACUGAAAAAGAAGUGUGACAGUAUAAUUGGGCACCAUUACUUUUAUCAGUUUAUCUUUUUCAUUUUACCAGUACUUCUAUUUUCAAAAAUUAAAAAAAGUUCAAACUGAUUUAUGUUUGUUUGAAAACUAGGUCAAAAUGUCUAAUUGAAUAUCAUAAGCUUGUGAAUGCUCUAUAAGACACAAUUGUUUGUACAAUCGUCAUGGCAUUUGCCCUGAACAAUUGGUCUAAUAAUUUCUCAGAGGAGGGGGGUAUGGUUCUUGUGCAUUGAAAUGUCUGGCUCCAAUAAAGUAUACACAUGUCAUGUAUUGUGAAACCUUGUGAACAUUGACUGCUCAGGACAGUAAGUUUAGUAGUGGGGUCUAAGGUGAGCGCCUUAGGGCCUUUGACCUUAUUGUGUUUUUUUGUUACCUGAUUUAAGAGAUUGAAACUAGUCAAGUCAUUCUACAUGUUGACCAUGUCAUAUACAUCAUAACUUUAUACGUCCAAUGCGCUUGUUUUUGUACGUUGAAACCAAAUGUAGUACAUGUAACCAUGUUUUGAACAUGGAUUUUAAAGAAACCAUUUACAAUAUUUCACGAAUGAUAUUAAAAUUUCACAGCUUUUUCUUUUUAUCAGCAUUCCCUACUAGCUCAUUGUCUUAUGUUCAGGUGUUUUGAAUAAAUGUUUGUUGACUUAAAAUUGUAGUGUUUUUAAACAAAUCACUAGCUGUUUGAUGUGUUAGUAACUUUCUUACUGCAACAAACAACAACCAGAAGCAGCCCAGAACUAAAAAAUAUCUUAACAAAUGAUAAAACAAAUGCUUUCCUAGGGUACAUUUUAACAAAUGAUAAAACGAAUGCUUUCUUAGGGUACUUUAACACUUUGAUCUCAUUAACCUCAUGGUUGUAAUAACUGGUAAGUCUUGCUUGGUUUUAUUUUAUAAACUGCUGCCAAUUGUGUGGUUUUUAUGGUGGGUUCUGGAAGUUAUAUGGAAAAAAGUGCAUGUAUUUUAUGUUCAUAAAAAAAUAUGAGUUUAUACAUUAGGCAAUUUUUUUUACGUGUCGGAAGUACAAAUCAUUUUAUCUUUGUUGGGUGUGACCUGUAAGAAAUACCCACAUGUAUUUAUCUGACUAACUUCUAUACAAACGUAUCACAGAAUUAAAAAAUAACCAAUAUGUGCAUCAUUUAUUCAUGUGAUGUAAUUAGAAAAAUGGUACAUUUGUAAUUUUGGAGCUUCCUUUAACCCAUGAUUAAUAAAUAAUAAAGUUGUACAUUCUGUUGUGCCUUAUUUAUAUACAUAAAUGGUUAAUACUAUUUAAUUAAGGGGAAAAAUGUUAUUUGUUAGAUAUAUAUAUUUGUAAGUUGAUAUCAUGUGUAUGUAUAAUUAGUUUAUAGUAGAAGUAUUGCAUUGAAAUGCAGGCACAUACUUAAAGCAAGUGUAUUUCAUAGAUAUUUUCCAUUUACAUAUUUGAUGAAGAAGUUUAUAUCUACCAAUUAUGUGCUAAAACUCUGCAAAUACUGUUUUCUAUAUUGCUGGUGCGUUCAAAGAGAGGGCCUGGUUAUUGCUGUACCUCAGUCAUAGUGUCUUCUUGCACAGUGUUGCAGGUUUGAUAACAUGCCUCAAUGUGGCAUCAGUUGCUUGGUGUGGUGUUCAACAGGAGUGAUAUUAACCAAAUUAACCAAACUUCUUAGAGAAAUGAUUUUUUUCUGACAGUACGCCAUUGAAAAUGUAAUCAAAUUGCCUUUGCGAAAUCCACUGAGUUGUGUAAACCAAAAUAUAAAAAGUAAAUUGUUAUAGCACUGCGUAAUUGUUUUAAACAUCUUAAUGUAAAAAGACCUAAACAUAAAACUGCCAGACACUAACAUUUUUUUAUGAAUUCGAAGUUUUAUCUGAAGAGUUUGGUGAGUACAAGCCCAGUAAAUAUCUUUAAUGUAAACAUAUUCAGAAUACUGUGGUGUACUGCAACUUGCUAAACUUUAGUGGUACACACAGCAUAAGGUGAAACAGUAUGGUCCUUUAUCACUUUGCUACAUAUUUUGAAGUGCUUGUAGUCUCUUAGAAAGUUUAAUUUAAUUUAAGACCUGUCUUACUAGAUUCAAGUUUUAAAGGCUUCAUGUCCAACCCUUGGCUACUGAUAGCAGCAAACGGCAUAAAACCUGAAAAAAACUGAGUUACUCACAGGUUGUUCUGGUUUUAUGCUGUUUGCACUGAGCCAUUUUCACUUUGCCUCUGAGUGGGAAAGGGUUUAUAGCACAAUCAUGAACAUAGCAUUAUAUUCAGGCUUUCUUCUACAGUACAUUGUGGCAUAUGUUUACAUAUAUAGGGGGGGGGGGGGGGGGCAACAAUGAAGGAAUUGAAGACAGCUACACAAAUUGUUGAAAUCACAUAAAACAGAAUGACAAAUAGGAAUGCUAUGACAAGGGCAUUUUGUUACUAAUUUUUUAAGGAGUUAAUCAUGAGCAGUUAUUGAGUUCAAACGUAGUUCAUACUAGGUAGGAAUAUGUUGGUGCUUUAGAAAUAAAAAUAUUGUUGAGUGGUUGAACAUUGUUUGUCUUCCAUAACUUCUGUGUUGUUUUUCUUGUCAUGUCAUUUCAAAACCAGCAGAAUGAAGAACUGUGCAAUUAUUCAGGCAAAUCUUUUCCCAGUGCAAUGUAACCGGUAUAUUCUUGUGCACCUGUCAAUUGAAGUUCUGCAUUUAUUAAACCCUUUGUAACUUCUCACCAUUGUUCAAAUCAGUCCACUGUAGUGCCAGUCUCUGUUAAGAUGUAAAUGAUAAAUGCCUUGUUAGGAUUGCAUAAUCUGUUACUACAUAAAACACAAUAAAGGCUUGGUGCAGAACAGUUGUAGCUUUCUGUCAUGUCUAUAUCGGAUACGGUAGUUUUACACUCACUGCUUAACUUGAGAAGCAGUUUUUGUGAUAAAAACCUUUAUUGUAAUUAAGUGAUAUAUCUUAUAUAUUGUAUUAUACGUUUUUCUUUUUUAAGAUAGCAUUCUUUCAUUUUAUGUAACUAUCAUUUAUUGUAACUGAAUUGUUUAUAUCAGUUAACCAGAUGCCUUAUAAAUAAUAAAGCUAUAUUUAUUUCUCAUCAUUUUAAAACCAGUUUUAUUCACCUCAUUUCAUGAAAACCAUUAUUUUGUCCAGUAUUGUAGAGACUGUUGAUUUUGUUGUUAAAUCUAAUCUAAUGUGAGCUAUAUACUCCUUUGUAAAGGUUUAUAUGUUGAUUAGCCAAAUCAUUACAUCAUAUGAGUCGUGUUCUGAGAAAACUGGGCAUAAUGCAUGUGCGUGAAGUGUCGUCCCAGAUUAGCCUGUGCAGUUCGCACAGGCUAAUCAGGAACGACACUUUCCGCUUUUAUGGUAUUUUUAGUUUCAAGGAAGUCCCUUCUUACCGAAAAUCAAGUUUAGACGGAAAGUGUCGUCCCUGAUUAGCCCGUGCGGACUGCACAGGCUAAUCUGGGACGACACUUGACGCACAUGCAUUAAGCCCUGUUUUCUCAGAACGCUGCUCAUAGAAAUAUGCCCUACAGUGUUCUGCAGUGAAUAAGAUUAUUCAUUGUUGUAUUUAGAUUUGUUUUAAAUUUUAUGUUGAUCAAUUAUCAAACAUCUUUACAGUCAUUUUACAAUUUGUCAUUAAGAUUAAUCAUUAUACUAACCACCAAUUUCAGUGAUCAACAUCUGAUAUGUUAAGUUCAAACAAUUAUGUCAAUUGUGCUUGCUAAAGUACCCUAAUUUUAUGUCAGAAAGUAUAGCUGUAGAAACCCUAUAUUGUAUUGUUUUAUAUAAAAUUAUUAAAAGAUAAAUGCUGUCGUGGCUGUAAAUAGUUGGUGUAUUUUCAUUUAGCGGAAUUGUUGUCAUAGCAUACAGGCAUCUUAUCUGUUGUAGAAUAAAUACUCUUUCAUCUCGUCUAAGAUGUAUUGAUGAUGAUAAUUCCUUAAACAAUAAAUUAAUAUUUACGUAUAUAA